UUUCCUUGGCAUCAGAGAAAUACUAUAAUUUUCUUUUCCCCUGUCUUUGCAAAGCUUAUGGUUCCCGAAACGGUUACAUAAUUAUACCAUAACACAGAAACAUAGGCAUCCUACGACUCCUUUCUGUCUCACACACAACACAAGCUCGCUUCUGUAAUUUUAGCUUUUGCAAACUUCGAAGGGAAACAGCAUGGACUAUCCGAGUCCAAGUACAAGUUGAAUCCUUUAUCAAUUUUGAUUGGACUGGUUGUGAUUCUGGACACAGAAAGUGGGUUUCUUUUCAAAUUUGAAUUCAAGGUGUCAACCUAGUGGUUUGUGCUGAGAAUUGGUUGAAAAUAUUGAAGAAGCUGCUCAAACUUUUUUCCUUUCAUUCAUGGACAAGUUAUGCUGUUUUAAGGAUUCAUACUCUCAGGACUAUUCUAUUUCUCUGUGUUGGUUGCUUUACAGCUUGUAGCAGCACGUUCUUCGUCCAGCACUGGUAAGGGGAAAAAUCAUGAAGGCUCAAUAAAGUAUGGUUUCAGCCUUGUAAAAGGGAAAGCUAAUCACCCAAUGGAGGAUUAUCAUGUUGCCAAGUUUGCGCAGAUACAGGAUAAUGAAUUGGGUUUAUUUGCAAUUUAUGAUGGUCACGUGGGUGACCGUGUGCCUGCCUACUUACAGAAACAUUUGUUUACCAACAUUUUGAGGGAGGAGGAAUUUUGGGAGGACCCCACUCUUUCUAUCUCGAAAGCAUAUGAGAGCACAGAUCAGGAAAUUCUAUCACAUAGUUCUGAUCUUGGGCGUGGUGGAUCAACGGCAGUAACUGCUAUAUUGAUCAAUGGGCGAAGGUUAUGGAUAGCUAAUGUUGGAGACUCACGAGCUGUUCUUUCAAGAAAAGGUCAAGCUGUACAAAUGACUACAGACCAUGAGCCUAACACAGAACGAGGCAGCAUUGAGACUAGAGGUGGUUUUGUGUCUAACUUGCCAGGUGAUGUGCCUAGAGUAAAUGGAAAACUUGCUGUUUCUCGUGCAUUUGGAGACAAGAGUCUCAAGUCACAUUUGCGAUCAGACCCUGAUGUACAGAAUACUGAUGUAGAUGUUGAUACUGAGAUUCUAAUCCUUGCAAGUGAUGGAAUUUGGAAGGUAAUGACUAAUCAAGAGGCAGUGGAUAUCGCUAGAAGAACAACGAGAGACCCGCAGAAAGCAGCUAAACAACUAACAGCUGAAGCAUUAAAAAGAGAUAGUAAAGAUGAUAUAUCUUGUGUUGUGGUUAAAUUCAGAUGAUGGUAUCUUUCAAACCAUGUGCGUGCCGGGGUGCAGUUUAUAACAAUAAUAAAGGUGCAUGUCUAUGGAGCAUGUCAACUUAUGGUCUGGACCAAACAACUUAUAUUACAUACUUGUUUGGGUUAGUCCUGACUGAAUUUUUCUGAAUAGGUAAUUUGCCAAAGAAGAAGGAAGGGUUUGUGAAGCACUAAAUCGUGUUUUUUUUAAUAGAUUUUGUGGUUUGAGAAUGUUUGAUUUAUUUCUGCAAAAGUGUGACUACUCAGAAUCUGUUGUAUAUUGUCUUUUUAUUGUUCAUAAAAGACCUAGCGGCUGUGUAAAAGACGAAUAUGCUUGUAGUUAUUGAUUGGGGUAUAGUGAGUGCUAGGAUGAUAGGUCCUAUCCAUGGUUGUAUACCACAUUCUUUGAUAGAAGUGGACCCUCUUUUCCUUUGUUCCAUUUUCCAAAUGAGAGGAGGUUCCAUGUGACACAAGCUUUUGAUACCAUAAGUAUAUUAGUGUUACAUGUAUUUUUCACAUAAUUUCAUUAAA